GGAUAUUAUGUCGAAGAACAGCAAGGUAAACCCCCCACUAAGCAAGUAGGGGAUAACAACUGCUUGCACUCGAGUUUUACUGCCAGGUUCUAUAAACAAGAUGCCGAAGGCUGUGGAGCCUCAACGGUCAAAACCCCUGGCCCGAAUCCACAUCCCUCACGCCUGUGAUGCUACCAUGGGAGCUGCUGUAAUAGGAAUGAUCAGCCACGAAGGACGGUGAAUAUGUGAACAACUGAUAGUAACCCGAGUCCAACCCUUCAAGUAAAGUCUGUCAAGAUGCGUUCCGCUGCUAUCAUUGCCGCCCUUCCUCUGGCACUUGCCGCUCCCUCGAAGCGUGCUUCGCCUGCUCCUCUCCUUAAGCCCCGAAGCGGCGAUAUCAUUGAGGGCAAGUACAUCGUCAAGAUGAGGGCUGGUAGCGAUGUGUCCAUCCUUGAGAGCCACAAGAGCCUCGUUGCCAACAAGGUCGACUACACCUACAACUCUCACAAGUUCACCGGCUUUGCUGUCUCCAUGACCGAGGAGGAGGUCAAGGCUUUACAGGACAUGCCUGAUGUCGAGUACAUUGAGCACGACGCCAUUGUCCGUGCCUCCGCUACCCAGAACAACGCCGACUGGGGUCUAGCUCGUCUCUCCAGCACAUCUGCCGGUGGCAGCACCUACACCUACGAUGACAGCGCUGGUGAGGGUGUCUGCGCCUACGUUGUUGACACCGGUAUUGAUAUCGACCACCCUGACUUCGAGGGUCGGGCUACCUGGGCUUCCAACCAGGUCGACAACGACGACACUGAUGGAAACGGCCACGGUACCCACGUUGCUGGUACCAUUGGUUCUGCCACCUACGGUGUUGCCAAGAAGGUCAACCUCUACGCCGUCAAGGUUCUAGGCGCUGACGGCUCGGGCUCCAACUCUGGUGUCAUCGCCGGUAUGGACUUCGUCGUCAGCGACGCUCCUAGCCGCGACUGCCCCAACGGCGUUGUCGUCAACUUGUCCCUCGGUGGCGGUGUCUCCUCCUCCGUCAACGAUGCCGCUGCCAGCGUCGUGAGCGCCGGUAACUUCAUGGCCGUCGCCGCUGGCAACGAGGCCCAGGACGCAUCCAACUCCUCCCCCGCUUCUGAGCCCUCAGUCUGCACUGUUGGUGCUACCGACAUCACCGACACCCUCUCUUACUUCUCCAACUACGGCUCCCUCGUCGAUGUCCUCGCCCCUGGCUCCGACAUUGAGUCCACCUGGCCCGGUGGUCAGACCAACACCAUCUCUGGUACCUCCAUGGCCUCUCCCCACGUUGCCGGUAUCGCUGCCUACUUCUUGGGUCUCGGCCAAUCCGUCAGCGGCCUUUGCGAGUUCAUCGCCUCAAAUGCUCAGACCGGUGCCAUCAGCAGCGUCCCUGGCGACACCGUCAACGCCAUCAUCCAGAACGGCGAGGCUUAAAUUAUUUGAACUAUUGGCCAUAUUUCCCCUCCUUACUCUCAGCCCGUGGGAUGAACCCCAUAAAUAUGGGGUACGGAUGACUGAGAGUCAUCCCCUUUUGAUGAUGAUGACGACGAUGAUGGAUGGAUGGGAUACAUCAUUGAUACCCCCCCGCGCAUAGAUGACGAUGGGA